CGUCGUCACUUUGACUCACCGGUAGCGCUCUCUCUCUCUCUCUCACUCUCACUCUGUGUGUUUUCUCACCCUCUGAAAUUCGGAUUUGACUUUGUUUUUCACUGUCACAGAGCAUCUCGAACAUCUCUAGGCAGCGCCUCACUCUCGAAUCCGACCGUCCAGCCACUCCAUCUUACUCCGCGGUGGUAUUUUAGACGUAAGAAGAAAAAUUCUGCUUCAAUAAUUUUGAAAAUAAAUGAUCUAAAGUGAAGACAUGAAUGCGUUCAAGGCUUACAAGGCCUGCGUCCCAAUUGCAUGGAGCCCUAACCUAUAUAUAACUUUGGUGAGGGGCAUUCCAGGGACCAGGAGACUUCACAGGCGCACUUUAGAGGCAUUGCGUCUGCGCAAGUGCAACCGAACCGUCAUGCGAUGGAAUACUCCUACUGUCAGGGGAAUGCUCCAACAGGUCAAGAGAUUAGUAGUGAUAGAGACAGAAGAGAUGUACAAGGCUCGCAAGCAAAAGGAUUCAAACCAUUGCGCCUUACGUCCCCCAUUGGUCAUAAGUCACUUAUCUGCUCCUGCAAAAUGAUUCUUCUCAAGAGCAUAUUCACUUGUUCUAAGAUCAGCUUUAAGCUACUUAUAGUUAUAGCUGGUUUGUUGUUUAAGGAACAUUUUUCCAGAAGUGUAUUCUGUAGAAAUAUUGACAAUUUAAUAAGCUUGAAGCUUUUCCUAGUUUGCAUGAUUUAUCAAUGGACUUCGUUACAUAUUAAAUUUUA